AUGCACUACUCAAAACAAAACAGUGGUGCGAGACUUGUGACGUCCACUGUAUUUUACUGGGAAGAUAAAGGUAAUUUAAAUUGUCCAGAAUUAGUAAAAGAAUUUGAAGAAAAUUUAAAAAAGAAAACAAAUGAAAGAAAAUCAAUACGAAAAAGUGAAACAAAAUCAAAAAAUAAAUCAAACAAAAAAACAAAAUUAGAUGAAACAUUUCAAGAUGAUGAAAUGGACGAAAAUUCAUCAAUUAAUAAAGAUAAAAAUAUUUAUUCAAAUGAAAAUGAUGAUGAUCAUUCUCAACCUGAUGCAACAUAUCAUAGUCCUGCAUCUAUUUUAUCAAAUGGUAACCAUAUAUCAAACAAAUCUCCUAUUAGAUCUACUUCUAAAAGUGAAAGUAUAAAUGGUGAUAUAAAUGAAGAAAACAAGAAUUCAAAUAAUGAAACAAUAAAUAGUGAAGAUAAUAAUAAGAGUAUUGAAUUAUUAAAUAAAUCUUCACCAAUAAAAGAAAAUCUAUUAAUUGAACAAUCAAAUGAACCACCUGGUAAUCUUCGUCUUCGUAUAACACCAAGUUUACCAUCAUCAAUAUCAUUAACACUUAAUGAUACUGAUAAUAAUAAUAAUACAAAUGAUAAAUCAAUUAUUAUAUUAUUAUAA